AUGAAAGAUACAUUAGAAAAUUUUAAAAAAUACCCAAAUUUAAAAGUUAUAUAUUUUCUUAGUAGCGCAGCAUUAGCAUGUAUUCAACCAUUUAUUAGUGUUUAUUUGCAUAGCUUUAAAACUAUUAAACCAUCAGUUAUUGGUAUUAUUACAUGCAUCAUCCCGUUUUUAUCAUUUGUAUCAGCACCAAUAUGGACUGGUAUUGCAGAUAAACAUAAUGUUCAAAAAAGAGUUUUGGUUUUUAAUUGUUUAGUGGCAUCUGUUGCAUUGCUCCUAUUAAUACCCACCAAUGACAAUCUUUUUGGUAUAUUUGCUUUGAUCAGUUUGUAUAGUAUAAGUUCAGCUCCAAUUACACCACUUAUUGAUGGCUUUGUCUUAAAAGAGAUGGGAGAAGAUUCAAAAUUAUAUGGAAUGCAAAGAUUGUUUGCUGCUAUUAGUUAUGGUCUUGCCGCUUUUGCUACUGGUAUUGUCAUUGAAAAACAUUCAAUUAACUUUUUAUUUGUAUCAUAUACUUUUUGGAUGGUAAUCUUUUUAAUUUAUUUUAUAUAUAAUCAAACCAAUAUUGCAUCAAAAAUUAAAAAAUCAGGUGUAAAUUUAUCAAACUUUAAAAAAUUACUAGAAGAAGAGGAAGUAGAAAUAAAUAAUAAUAAUAAUAAUAAUAUCAAUGAUAUAAAUAAUAAUGAAAAUGAUUCUGGAUGUACACAAAAUGAUAUAGAUUCACCAACGUUAGUAGUAAAGGCCAAAGAUCAACCGGAAGAAAUCAAUGAUGUAAAAGAUAAUUUAAUUGAAAAAGAAGGAGACUAUGAGGAUUUAGCAUCAAUUCCAAUGCAGGCAAAUGGUGGUGAACAUAUACCACAAGAAAGAUUAAGAACAAAGCAAGUCUAUUUAAAUAUUUUAAAAGAUGCCCACAUGAUGAUCUUUUUAUUUGCAACAAUGAUUUGUGGUAUGACAGCAAAUAUCAUUGGUAAUUUCUUAUUCCUCUUCCUUCAAGAUGUUAAACAUGCCAGCUCAAUGCUUCUAGGUAGUACUAUGCCAUUUACAGUAGUCAUGGAGUUGCCGUUUUUCUUUUUUGGUAAACAACUUUUAACAGUAGUCGGUGUAAACAAGUUGAUUAUUAUUGGUCACUGUGCAUUUAUCCUUCGUUUAUGUUUAUAUAAUAUUUUAGCAAUCGAAUCAGUAUCGCCAUGGUUUGUCCUACCAAUUGAAAUUUUACAUGGUAUUGCAUUUGCAACAAUAUGGACUGCAGGUGUAGAGCUAUCAAAUCAAAUGGCACCCAAAGGAUAUGAAACUACAUAUCAAGGUAUUUUUGCUGGUAUGUUUGUAGGGUUGGGUGCAGGUUUAGGUUCGAUUAUAGGCGGAUUUUUAUAUGAACAUAAAUCACCAAUGUAUUUAUUUAGAUUUACUGCUAUAGCAACAACAUUCAGCCUAAUUGUAUUCUCGCUAAAUCAACUUUAUUUUUCUAAAAAAAAUAAAAAGAAACUUGUUACUAGCAAUAAUUCGCUUAUUUAA